AUGGAGAUAGACAGUGAGAACAGGCUCAACGGGCAUGGCAAUGAGAGCGUUGCCACUAAAGUAAACGAAGAGAAAAAAGAGAGUAGUAAUAAAGAUCAUGAUUUCUAUUUCAACUUUUACUCUUCGCUCCAGAAUCAAGCAAAUAUGAUUGGUGAUAUCUCCCGUACAGGGACUUAUAGAAAAGCCAUCUUGGGUAAUGGUGAAAUCGCUUUUAGAGACAAGGUAGUUUUGGACGUCGGUGCCGGUUCUGGUAUCUUGUCUUACAUGUCCGCACAGGCUGGUGCAAAGGAAGUCAUAGCUCUGGAGGCUUCGUCGAUGGCAGAGAAGAUGGAGAUACUGGUCAAAGCUGCCAAUUCAAGUAAGAGCAACCCACAUCUCAAGAACCGUAUACGUAUAGUACGAGGUAUGGUUGAAGAUGAAAAGAUUCAACGACAAGUACUUGAAUCUGGAAAAGUAGAUACUAUCAUAUCGGAACCCAUAGGCGUGAUGCUACUUCACGAGCGAAUGGUCGAAUCUUUCAUCUUAGCUCGAGAUUUAUUCCUUAAACCAGGUGGUCAAUUGCUCCCUUCAGCAGGACACAUCUUCUUUUGCCCAUUUACAGAUGAAGGAUUAUAUAAUGAGACUGAUCAAAAAGCUCAAUUCUUCAAUACUACUUUGUUUGGUACCGAUUUCAAGGAACUGUAUCCCGCUGCAAGGGAAGAAGUUUUUGCUCAACCGGUCGUAGGGAUGUUCCCUCCCAACUCACUUGUGUCAACUGCUUGUGCACCCAAAUCAUUCGAUUUCUACACUUGCACCAAAGAGGAUUUACUCGAGUUCUCCAUCCCGGUCGAUUUCGUCGUGUCUCGAACAGCAUUGAUACAUGGGCUCGCAUCGUGGUUUGACUUGGAUUUCUUCCCACGACCUAUGCCUACUUCCGAAGACCCUAAUUGGAAUUAUGCUAUAAAUCCUGCCAACGGCUGGCAAUGGAUGACACAAGAAGCACCCUUGAAUCCGGCUCCUACACCUGCACCUCCAAAGGACGGGCUGGCAGUAAAGCUUUCUACCGGGCCGAAUGCUUCCCGAACACAUUGGCAACAAGCUCGAUUACUACUUCCUGAACCACUAGCAGCGAACAAAGGAGAAAGGUUGAUCGGAUCAAUCCACUUCAAAGUAAACGACUCUCGAUCAUACGACCUCGUACUGGAACUUAAGAUAGAUAGACCUGGACCUGAAUGGAAUCCUAAUCCAUUAAGGAGGAAAGCGGAGUAUCAACUUCAACAACAAUGUUUCAACUAUUCUUAUAGCCCUGAGAACGGAUUAAACGCUUUAGGAAUGGCAGCUAGUAACGUGAUAUAG